CCUCCCUCUUUCCCUCUCCUGUCCUGUACCGCGCUCACACACGCGCACAGAGCGUCUUUCUUCUCCAGAUCUUCAUGUCACACACUUUUAUCCUGCUAUUCCCAGCUCAUCCAGUCUUUUGUGCGCAGAAGAAAGACUUUAAAAGCGAAGGAAGGAUAACGGAGUUCUUUUAUCUUCCGUCAGUGGAGUUUUUUUCUUUGCGCGUCCACAUGGAGAGAUGCUGAUGGUGAUGCGCUUCUGGAGAGGUGCAGAUGCUGAGGCAGGACUGUGUUUUAGUGCGACUUGAGUAAGACAACAUCAGCAGAAAAGAAGUUUGGAAGAAGAAGAAAAAAAGAAAAAAAAAAAAAAAAAGAGAGAAGCGGUUGGGGUCCAGGCCAAAAAUUCACUCACAAAACCAAUUGGACUUUUUCCCUCAUCAAGAGUCCCUCGCCAGCUUUCAAAAUUUCUCCCAAAAGCAGACAAGAGGACCGGCCGGUCCUGACACGACUCGUCGGCAGGAAGCGGCUGAUCGUGGCUGGGGUGCUCGGCGUUGUCAUGAUCCUAGUGCUGGUGAUCCUAAUCCCGGUUUUGGUGAGUUCCGCCGGGACCUCCGCCUCGCACUUCGAGAUGCUCGGCACCUGCAGGAUGGUUUGCGACCCUUAUGGCACCAAAUCCCCUACCAGCACGGUCUCAGCAGACACGGUCCGGGACAGCAACCUUAUGCAGUCGUUACCAACUUUUAUACAAGGUCCAAAAGGUGAACCAGGGCGCCCGGGGAAAGCGGGACCGAGGGGCCCGCCUGGGGAACCGGGGCCACCUGGACCUCCCGGGGAGAGAGGAGAACCGGGCCGACCUGGAUUACCGGGACAACCGGGACCGAAUGUGGCCACCGGUGCCAUCAGCGCGGCUACUUACAGCACCGUUCCCAAAAUAGCCUUUUACGCAGGGCUCAAAAAGCAACACGAGGGCUACGAGCUUCUGAAGUUUGACGAUGUGGUCACGAAUCUCGGGAAUCAUUACGACCCGACGACGGGGAAAUUCACCUGUUCCAUACCGGGAAUUUACUUCUUUACUUACCAUGUGCUCAUGCGGGGAGGAGACGGAACCAGCAUGUGGGCUGAUCUGUGUAAAAACAACCAGGUACGUGCUAGCGCCAUUGCCCAAGACGCGGAUCAGAACUAUGACUACGCCAGCAACAGUGCUGUUCUUCACCUGGAGCCCGGAGAUGAAGUCUACAUCAAACUAGAUGGGGGCAAAGCCCACGGGGGAAACAACAACAAGUACAGCACCUUCUCUGGUUUUAUCAUAUAUGCCGAUUAGGACAUAUGCACCAACUCCUCGCCUCCCCAGAAUGGUCUCUUCUUCUCCUUCACUAUUGCUCCUCUUUUAUUUUUUUGCUAUUUUUUCCUUCGGGCCUGGGGCAAGUAGACAGACCUGCUCAAACCCCCUCAUCAUUAGUGUAUAGGUGUGGGUGAGAAGGCAGAAAGCAUUGCCCUGCAAUCCAAAAAUCAAGAAUGAACCAAAUACGGCCUGGGAACAAGCACUUCAUCACAAAGAGGAAAGAUUUACACUCGAAAAUAUGUAAAGAAGAAUCGACAAAGAAGAGUUACUGGAGUUCUGUGUGUCUUUCUAUGUCUGUGGCUAUCAAAGAAGCCUGUUAGAUAUUUUAUAAUGUGUAAUCUGACAUAAUCAGUUAUAUGUGCAAUAACGUAUACUACGAUACUCGUUAUUCAAAUACUCUUACUGUUCGUUAUAUUCAGGCCAUCUCUGUAAUGCCUAACAAUUCAGAUGCUUAAAUGAGUUUCAUGUUGCUUUAAUUUCCUAAUUUGCGUAUCAUGGAGCAUUUGCACAAAUUCUGUCAAAAUCAAAUGUAUCUGGAUCAAAAUUAACCUCUUGUGUUCCUAUUGCACAAUAUACAUUGGGGUCCAAAAGUCUGAGACCACAUUGAAAAUCUGGCAUUCAUAACCUGAUUUAAACUUGGAAAUAAACUCAGCUUAGUAUUUCGAAAAAUGUAAAACAAAGACAUUUUAUGGUUUAAAAUAAAUAAUAUGUAAAAUUGUGCUCUUUUGCACUAAUACUCCGUUAAACGAAAGACCUACAGAUUUGAAAAUCUGGAAAUUGUUCAUUGAAACCCUGUGACUUUGACCAUGUUAACUCUGUACAGAAGAUCAGAUUUCCUUGCUUCAAUUAAAGAACACAAGAUGCUCACUGGAACAUUCUCAAAUCGUGCUGGUUAACGUGAAUCAUCAGGUUUUGCACAAACUUGUGAAGUCCAUGCCAGCUUGAGUGCAUGUUGUCAUUUAAGCAAAAGAGGGACAUACCAAACAUUAAGAAAUUGUGAAAUUCAUGUAUUUUUAUGUUUUUAAUUAAUCUUCUUUUCCACCCAAUUUGUUAUGCCGAUAACAUACUGUAAUUUGUAGUGAAAACAUCGGUCUCAGACUUUUGGACCCUAUGUUAUAUCUGCUAAAUUUCUGCAGGUAUUCGUCCUUGACUGUUUGUCAGUGCUAAUUAUGAAUUAGGACCAUAAAAGGAAACAUUAUACAUUGGUGGCAAUGGCUUGCAGUGAAAUAUACCAGAAUGGUUCAUGCUUUCAGCCUUUUACUGUAGUCUGCAGUAUUAGGGUGUCAAAACUAUAGAAUUUGUUUUCUUGUUUUGUGUGCGUGUAAUGUAAGCUGGCAUCUUUUAUUGCACACAGACAUACUAGACAGAAAAGGAAUAUGUUUUCUUGUGAUAUUUAGAACACUAUGCAGAAUAUGGGUGUUAAUAUGUAAAUGUGUAUCUAUCUUCAGAGAUUUCCAGAAUGUGAUUAUUAAUAUUGCAUCUUAUUUUCAGUGUAAAUAUGGUAAUGUGUAGUUUAUUUUUUCCUUUUCAAUGUGAAACUCUUUGGAGAGCACGGGUGACCGCCAUGUAACAGUCUCUCGCUCUCUCAGCUCCAGGUUUGGGUGCAGAGGAAUGUGUGUGACGAAUUCAAAUCUGAGGAUUAUUUUUUUUCCUGUCUUGCUGCUGUAAUUCUCAUUCACAUCUCCAAACCCUUCAAACAAAUUUUCCAUUAAAUGGAAGUUUGAUCA